UGACCCGCCACUGCCGGCAAAGCAGACAUGAGCCCCCAGCCCCGGGCAGCCCUGCCCUGGGCCCUGGCCCUGCUGCUGGCACUGGGGCUGCGAGGCCUGGAGGCUGGGGCCCAUAGAGCGACAGACCCCGACUUCCAGGAGCACUACUUUGAGCAGCUUCUGGACCAUUUCAACUUCGAGAGGUUUGGCAACAAGACCUUCCGCCAGCGGUACCUGGUGUCAGAGAAGUUCUGGAAAAGGGGCGAGGGGCCCAUCUUCUUCUACACCGGCAAUGAGGGGGACGUGUGGUCCUUCGCCAACAACUCAGGGUUCAUCCUGGAGCUGGCAGCACAGCAGGCGGCCCUGGUCAUCUUUGCGGAGCACCGCUACUACGGAAAGUCGCUCCCGUUCGGCGAGUGGUCCACGCGGCGCGGGCACACGGAGCUGCUGACCGUGGAGCAGGCGCUGGCUGACUUCGCCAGGCUGCUCCGGGCGCUGCGGCGGGACCUCGGGGCCGUGGAUGCCCCCGCCAUCACCUUCGGCGGAAGCUACGGGGGGAUGCUCAGCGCCUACAUGAGGAUAAAGUACCCCCAUCUCGUGGCGGGGGCACUGGCGGCCAGCGCGCCCGUCCUAGCUGUGGCCGGCCUCGUCAACUCCUACCAGUUCUUCCGGGACGUCUCGUUGGACUUUGAGAGCCAGAGUCCCAAGUGUGCCCAGGGUGUGCGGGACGCGUUCCGGCAGAUCAAGGACUUGUUCCUACAGGGAGCCUACGAUACGGUCAGCCAGGAGUUCGGCACCUGCCAGCUGCUCUCUGACCCAAAGGACCUGACCCAGCUCUUUGGGUUCGCCCGGAACGCCUUCACCGUGCUGGCCAUGAUGGACUACCCGUACCCCGUCGACUUCCUAGGGCAGCUUCCUGCCAACCCCGUCAAGCUUGGGACCAGGGAAGAGCAAGCGGGGAGGAGGGCUGCAGGCCGCAAGUGGGGGUCUCCUGCUGAGCACUCUGCCGGCACCCCCCAGGUCGGCUGCGACCGGCUGCUGAGUGAGAGCCAGAGGAUCAAGGGGCUCCGAGCACUGGCGGGGCUGGUGUACAACUCCUCAGGGACAGAGUCCUGCUACGACAUCUACCAACAGUACCAGGCCUGCGCAGACCCCACGGGCUGUGGCUUGGGCCCCAACGCCAAGGCCUGGGACUACCAGGCCUGCACCGAGAUCAACCUGACAUUUUCCAGCAACAACGUGACGGACAUCUUCCCCGAACUGCUGUUCACUGAGACCCUCCGCCAGCAGCACUGCCUGGACACAUGGGAUGUGUGGCCCCGGCGGGACUGGCUGCAGACCAGCUUCGGGGGGGGCGACCUCAAAGCUGCCAGCAACAUCAUCUUCUCCAACGGUGACCUGGACCCCUGGGCAGGUGGCGGGAUCCAGAGUAACCUGAGUGCAUCUGUCCUCGCCAUCACCAUCCAGGGGGGAGCCCAUCACCUAGACCUCAGAGCGUCCCACCCAGAAGACCCCGUGUCCGUUGUGGAGGCACGCAAGCUCGAGGCCAGCCUCAUCAGUGAGUGGGUCAAGGCAGCCAGACAUGAGCAGUGGCUGCAGCUGGCACAGCAUGGGGGGCGCAGAGCCUGAGGGGCGCUCCCCCAACGAGGACCAGAAAGGACAGCAGGGGAGUGUCUCGGGAGAGAUUCCGGGGGCGAGGAGCCGCAGCCGAUCUUCCUGAACCCGGAGCUCGGCCCAGGGUAGCCAGCCAGGCACCUUGCCCGGGGCAGAACAAAUGUCUGGCAUCCUGGCCAAUCACCUCGUGUCCUGUCUGUGGUCUGCGUGGGAGAAGGGAGCCCGACAUGGUGAAUGUGUGGCACACAACCUCCUAAAAUCAGCUGCACACUUAAUAAAACAGAAUCCUCAACCCCGUGGUUUGCUGUUUUGGGGUGA